AUGGAUUCGGGCGACACGCAGUUUCUCUUCAAAGAGACCCGCUUGAAUCUCGAGCCUCCGGCGCCAGCUUCGAUUGUGACGAUCCGAGUCCCCUCGACCUCUGCGCAAGCUCGAAGCCAGCGACAGCGUUCUGCUGAUGGUGCCUCUGAGGAAGAAGCUGCAUUUAAGCAAAAGAACCUAGCGUCAUCGUCCGCCAUAUACCAUCGCCAGUUCCACCAUGGCCCGCGAAGCUUCCUCUGGCGCGUCCUCGAGGACGGCACGCUGCUGAGCAUUCGCGCCAUCGAUAUUGCCAGAGAAAACAAGGGCCUCGAUGCCACGCUCAUCCUCAACUUUCACUUCACGGUGCCUAUCCAGCCCAGCUGUGUUGCGUUUGCCGAUCCUCAGGAGCAUGACGCGCUGUGCGUCUUUGUUCUCGACACGUCCUGCCACCUCUAUACAUUCACCUUGCGACCAGAGUUUUUCAGAAAGAGGACUGCCGUGGAUAUUGGCCUUGCAGACCUGGCUAAGGUCCAAGCUCCGGCCGGAUUGGGCUUCAAGUAUCCUCACCGCAUGGUUGCAGUUUCAUCCAACACGCUGCUGGUGACGGUCAACGAUGGUGGAAUGAUUCGAUUCGACCGUAAUCACGCAGACGAUCCUUCGUCAGGUAAAUGGAAAGAAACCUUCUUCAACGUCCAGGGUUGGAAGCAGAACCUGAGAAGCAUGCUUCCUUUCCAUGGCAACCACACCAUCAAAUACGGCCGAGCAAACAUGGAAUACAGCACCGCGACAUCCGUUCUCGUUUCAUCGCUUGGCCUGGACGACUCGUUGUUUGCAUUGACAGUUUGCCUCGAUCAUCGCAUUCGCAUAUGGAACGUCCAAGAUGGCCAGAUUCUGCAUACCGGAGAUCUUCUCAACGCCGACCGAAACCCCCAGGAUAUUGGCAAAUGGACAGUCGAUCCAUCCCAGUCAAACCUACUUCAAAUCGUUGGCGAGAGCCGAGGCAUACGCAUCGCUGCAACCUACUCCCCGGUUGGUGCUGGCGAGUUCAAGUUCUGGAAGAUCGUUGCCAAGGACUCCCACAAGGUCACUAUGGAGGACAUGUUCCCCAAGCUUACUCUUAUUCCCAACACUCCAUCGGCCGAUAUUUGGACGCUCGCGGAUUUUGCGCUGACCUCUGUGACGGAAGGUGUAAUCAGCCUGUGGACUCUUUGGAAGAACAACUUGACAUACAGGGUCCAGCGCUUAGAACUAGACCGAGAGAGAAUGGAGCAAAACUGGCAUCUCAGGUGGGAUGGCGUCUACUCAGAGACUGGCCUUGUUACAGCUCAGACAUCAGGCCCUUGCGAUCCUCAAGACGUUACAGAAAAAUGGUUGCAACUCAUCCUCCAGCCUGGCCGUUUCACAAAAGCGACACUAGAAGCUGCCUUGGCUAUCUACGAACGUGGCCUUGGCAAGUCGCGCGACAGCGGCAAGGGACGAGGCUUGGCUGAGUCCAUCUGCUCCGUACUUGGCUCUACUGCCACUCUCGAUAGAAGCUCCUCUGGCGCUAUGGACUACGAACAGUUCCGCGCCGCCAGCGAGAGCCAAUGGCGCAGAUUCUACAGGCUCCUCAUUGAGCUUGACAAACAACGAGGUGAAGCUAUUUGCCUCUGCUUUGACGCACACUCUGAAAUGGCCUGGGUGGUUUGCUCUGACCUCGUUUCCGCUAUUCGCCAAUGCAGUGCUGUCGAACACAUCUAUCAUAACUUGAGCAUGCCCUACGAAGACUCCCAGAAUCAAGCUGCUCUCAUUAACUCUGGUCUGCAGUUUGUCGAUGGGUUUUCGGAUAACUACCUUCAGCUCUGCCACGCCGCGCUACGCCCUGAGCUCUUUGAGGAGUCGCCCAAGACCGACUUGGAGCGCAUUCAAUAUUUCUCCGACAAGGCAGGCUUCUGGCGCGGCAUCACGGAUGAUGACUGUGCCCAGAUUGCGGAUGUCCUCGGUCAAAACUUUGGCCUUGUCACCAACGAACUCUACGGCAAGCUCAUUGACCUCGUCCUGGCACCCGCCGCGACGAAGGGCCACAGUUUGCAGCAACCUCUCACCGAGUUUGGCCGAAAGCUAGUCAUGUCUGCGACAAGAGAUAGCCUUGACCUACUCUGGAAGAUCUGCUUCAGCCAGCUGAUCUUACUUGUUCAUAUGGAAUUCGAGUUCGACACUGAGGAUGAGGCGCUUCACAACCGCGUUGAUAUCGGCGCUGUCUUUAGACAGCUUGUCGGUAUCCUGCGACGCCUGGAACUGCUCAAGUGGCUGUCACAAACCGAUAUCUCUGUACCACUCUUCAAGCCUGUAAAGGGUGCCCCUCAGACCAAGCGCGGCGAUGAAGUACAAACAGUCACAGCUCUAGAGGCGAAUGUUGACCAUUUGCUGGGUUUCUCCAAGAACGGCGACGAAUUUGCCCCCAAGAGCUUGACAGAUUUGGUCGCUAACCUCUGUGCCCCCGACAGCGAUAUUGAAGUCUCUCCAUCUCUUAUUCAGUGCUCGCUUGUCAAGCGGGAACGAGCCGACCUAGCAAACGACCUGACACCUUUCUGCGACCAGAGCCCCUUUUCAGUGUACGUCCAGGGCCGCGUCGCCCUGGCUCUCAAGGACUUUGGCUCAGCAGCCCUGUCCUUCAGAAGAGCUGCCAUUGGCAUGAGCAACGAAAACGCCAAGCUAGACCGCCACAGCGGCGGCUUGCUUGAUGACACCGAGUGGGCGCUCCUCAACUGCGGCCUGGCCAGAUACUACUCGCAUAUUGUAGCUCUCUAUGACUCGCAGCGAGCCUACUCGUACGUCGUAGAAUUCGGCCGUCUCGCCAUGCAAUUCACAGGCGCAAGCCCCGACAACAAUGUGGUCAAGGCCGAAAUGCUCACUCGCCUCUUCAACGCCACACUCUCCACAUCGCAAUUCGAACUCGCUCACACAACAUUGCUGUCCAUUAAGGAUCAGGCCCUGAAGCAGUCUAGUCUGCGACAGCUCGUCGAUAAAAUGUGCGACACAAGCCACAACAACGAUCUCGUUGCCCUUCCCUUCCCAGGCAUGCAGCAGCAGGUUGAUGACUUCCUCUCCAAGCGAUGCAAAGGCUCCAUGGACGUGGUUGACGGUGCUCAGUAUCAUCAGAUCCUCUACUCGUGGCGUAUAAAGCGUCGUAACUACCGCGGCGCAGCUUGGGUGCUGCUCGAUCGCAUACAGAAGCUUAAGCUAGCCGGCGAGGGCGACAGAUUUGCUGGUGACGACGUCCUUGAUACACCAGUAACAAGGCAGUAUCUCCUGCUUAUCAACGCCUUGAGCUGUGUCGAUGCCAAGCAGGCCUGGAUCUUUGACGAAGGUGUUCCUGGAGAAAAUAGCAAGCGCAAGGUUGUUUCGCUGGCGGACGUGAGGAAGCAAUACCAAGAUGAGCUGGACCGCAUUGCGGCGAUUCAAAAUAAUCAGUUUGGAUUUGAGGCGGACGAUGUCAUGGAAAUUGUAUGA